AUGGAUGGUUUAGUGGACAACCUAAUAGAAGAUGAAGUUGAGAAGGCAGGCCUUCUUGCUAAACCCACUUGCUUCAUCGUCGUGGGAAAACCGGGUGUUGGUAAAUCCACACUGGCCAAAAAAAUUGCAGAGUCCUGGAAGUGCAUCCUGAUUGAUGAUACUGACUUGUUAAACUCACACAUAAACAACAAAACUAAAGAGGGCCAAGAGCUCUUGCAAAUGUUAUCGGAGGGGAGGAGUAUACCAGAUGAUCUGGUGUUGAAGCUCAUCCAUGCCAAGCUGAACUCACCAGAUUUAGAGCACUAUGGCUAUGUGCUGAGCUGUCUGCCAUUCAUGUCAGAAGGUUGUCUGAAGAUUCCUGAGCAGAUUGAACAGAUCAAAAACCUCAAGCUCGCCCCUGAUGUCAUCAUUAAUAUUAAGUGUGCUGAUGAGGACCUGGUCCAGAGGCUGUCAGGACUGAAGCAGCAUCCAGAGACAGGACAGUUAUUUACCAGGGAUCAGUGGGCGUAUGAAGACGUGUACAACAAGAAGGAGGAAGACGGGGAUCAGAAUUCAGAGGUCAACGAGGAGCAGGCGGAGGCAAACGGACUUCCGAGGGACAUUAUUGACCAGAUGGUGUGGAUUCCUGAAAACUCUGCCACAAACGCAUGUCUUCGUAUAAAUACGUACAGAGACACCAUGCUGAGACCUCUGCAGGAAUACAUGGCAGACCACAACCCCCUCUAUCUACUGGAGCUGGAUGGAAACAACACUGCAGAAGAGCUAGUCUUGUCUGUCAUUUCCCAUCUUGGAUCCAUGGCUGUAAAACGUGUGUCAGUUCCAAUCCCCCUCCACCACCCCGACGAUGAAGACUUUCUAGAGGAUGGAGACUUGGAGGAUGUACUUCGAAAUCUGUCCUCCAGGUCAGUGGUGCCUGGAUUUAAGUGGAGAAGAAGCCGCUGGGGCCAAACCUGUCCAGUUGCUCUCAAGGAGGGCAAGGUCAUUCACGGCAAGGCUGAAUUCAGUGUGGGAUUUCACGACAAACUUUACAUUCUUUCGUCUCAAGAGGCAUAUCAGAAAUUCAUCAUGAACCCCCGACGAUACUUACUUCCUCCAAUGCCGAGGAUCCCCUGCAAGGUUUCCAUUGUUGGACCAUCUCAGUCAGGGAAGAGCACUGUUUGCAAACUCCUUGCUCAACGCUGCGGUGCAACAGUUCUUGACGUGGAGCAAAUGAUGCAGCCGGUUCUGCAAGAGAGGCUUGACAAAAUCAAAGACGAGACGACUACAGCCGCUAUUGACAAAGUCCAGAAGAAGUCAGAGCUCCACAGUGAUCAAAAUACAGUGACAGACGAGCACCCAGAAGUUCAAGCCAUGGCCCUCAGUGCCGUGGAAGAAGCUAAACAAGUUAGCUCAUCCUCUUUUGACCUUCAUGCUGAGAUACUGCUGAAACAGGUGCUUGAGAUUGAAGAGGUGGACUCGGACGUUGACAACAGCAAAGGAUGGGUGCUUGACAACUUUCCCAAGAAUCUCUCACAGAUGGAGGCCUUACAGCGAGCUGGAAUAAUGCCGGGCGUUGUUUUUUGUCUCAGAGACACUGAUGGACAUAAUGUUUUGAGAAGGAUCUAUGAGACAAAUAAGGGAAACAUUAACAAGGCAGUUGAGAGGAGAUUACAGGAUGAACAGUCUCAUAAUGAGAAACAAUUCUUAUCCCUAAAUAAGCAGUCAGAGGAACAUUCAAAUCUGCAGACUGUUGACGAGAACGCUGAUGCUGUGGUAGUGCAGGAUCAGAGGCAGCUGGGUUAUCCAGAAGGGCCAGAGAUGGAUGAGUACAAGCUGCAGCUGCAACAGUUUGCAGCAGAGUGGGCGGAAAUGGAGGAGGCUCUGAAAGUGCCCUACUGUGUCCUGGAGAUUGGCAGCAAAAGCCCCGAUGAUCUGGUGAAAGAGAUACUUCAGGAGCUGGAGAAACCCUUCCAGUAUUUGGCUCGGGAGGUUUCUGCAGCUGAUCUGGAAGAGGAGGAAGACAUGGAGGCUUCAGCAGAGUUUGAGACAGAAGAAGAAGUCAGCAGUGACAGUUAUGCAGCGGAGGAGGAUGAGGUCUUUCUAGCAGCGAAACGAUUGCUGGGCGACACCCAUCAUUUCUGCCCAGUUGCUUUAAAAAGUCACAGCGUCCUGUGGCCCUGCACAGACGACAUUGCAGCCAAGUAUCGUGAGAGGAUCUACUACUUCUCCAGCCAAGAAGCCAGAGACUCUUUCCUUCGAAACCCCACACACUUUGUGGCGCAGACUGGGCCUCUGAAGCCUCCUGCCCUGCGGAUCUUUUUGCUCGGCGUCAGAGGAUCGGGAAAGACAACCCAAGGUGAGCAGCUUGCACGCCAGCUUGGACUCUUCCACAUUCAGUUCAGGGAGCAACUCCAAAUGCUGAUUAUGGCCAAGACAAAGAAGCGUGUGCCUCAUGCGGACGAGCUGGUGUCAUUAGAGGACAGUUCUGAUGACCUGGAGGCACAAAUCAGUGAAGCUCGAGGGGAGGACGAGAAGGAGGCGGAGGACGCUUCUGCCAAUGACACAGAGGACGUAUUGACUGAUGAGGAAAUGUCAGUCAAAGCUUAUCUGUCUGGUGAAGAGCCGCUGGAUCCACAGGUGCUGGAUGUGGUGAUCGCACCUUUCUGGAAGCAGGAACCAUACAGAUCCACAGGGUUCAUUUUGGAGGGCUUCCCUCACGAUGCUGCUCAGGUGCAGUACAUGUUAGAGCGGCAGCUUUUCCCUGAUGCUGUGGUAGUCAUGGAGGUGGACGUCAGCGACGUUCAGCAGCGUCUGCUGCCAAAGUACCUGGAACACUGGCACGAGCGCCGCAACCUCCGUGAAGCCAAGAUCAGCCUCCUUCGUGAUCUGCGGAAGAAAAAACGGGAUGAAAGUAUCUCCAGGAGAAGAGCUGAACUUUUGGCAGAACGAGGCCCGAAGGAGGAAAAAACCACGCUAACCGAACAGAUGAGGGAUGAAGAGGAUGAGUCUGACGGAGCAGAAGAGGAAGAGCCUUGGGACAGCACAGAAGAUGAGAUCGAGGCUCUACUGGAGGAGGAGUUUCCUCUGGAGGAGGAUGAUGAUGACUUGGAGAAUGGAGAAACAGAGGACGCUGCUACUGAGAGGCUAGAGAUGGAAAUAGAAGAGCGAUUUGAGACGGACACCAACAACCAAGUUGCUAUAACGGAACUCCUGACUCAACAAAAUAUACCCAUACUGACAAUCGAAGCAUCUUGCAAGCUCCAGAUCUCUCAGCAACGUCUGCUCAAGAAAAUCCAGCCGCUGUUGACCAACAGGGAGUCGCUCUUCCAAAAAUGCCAGCCCGUCUCACCCAGCCUGGCACACAAGCUCCUGCUGUCGUCCUACAAGUUCCACAGCGCCUUCGGCUGCUUUGACCCUGUCAAGCAAUACAGAGAGCGAGGCCUGAUCCAGCCGCUGCUGUGGCCCCUCAGUGCCACGCAUCCCCUGAUCUUCGAUCAGUGCAUCUACUUCUUCGCAUCGAAGGAGAACCGCAGCACAUUUAUGCAGAACCCUUUGAAGUACCUUCGACAACACAAGCCCACCACAUCUCUGCCCAUUAAAAUAUCAGUCAUCGGACCUCCCAAAUCAGGGAAAACCACAGUGGCACAGACGUUCGCUCAGAAAUAUGGACUGGCUCGCUUGUCCAUCGGUGGGGUUAUGCGCAUGGUGCUCACCUCUCAGGGACACACCGACCUGGCUGCACAGCUGAAAACACACCUCACAAAGGGCCAUGCUGUGCCUGACGAGCUGGCCGUGAAGUGCCUGGAGGUGGUGCUCAUGAGUUCCAUCUGCAGCUCUCGAGGGUUUGUGCUGGACGGCUUUCCAGUAACCCUGAGGCAGGCUGAACUGAUGGAGUCUCUGAGCAUCAUCCCCAUGCUGGUGGUGGAGCUGGAGCUGAACACAGUGGAGAUAGCAAGACGGGGCCAUGCAGACAAGAUGAAGCCCAACAAGCCACACCCGAUGCUUGACAGUCCUGAGAUACUUCACAUGUGUAAUUCCAUCUACAAGAAGGAGGUGGUGCGAGUCCGGCAUCACUUCCAGCAGCAGCACCAGAACCAUGUCCUCCUGGAUGGCUUGAAGAGCAAGUGGUGGAUCUGGGACAGCAUUGUGAAGGAUGUCAGCAUCAGCAUGGAAUAUAUCCACGCUUACCUGGAAAGGACUCAAAGUGGGCAAGCAGCCUGCAUCCACAGGCUGUGCAUCACACCAAGAGAGUUUGAGUGUGGGCUGGGAGAGUUUGGCCAGUACUGCCCUGUCUGCCUGGCGCUGCAUCAACACCUGCUGGACUGCUCAGAAACUGCAGCUUUGACUCAUGCAGCUGUGUUCAAGGGAUACUAUUACAAGAUGUGUGGUCAAAGCCAUUUGGAGAGGUUCUUGUCUAGCCCUGAUCAAUAUGUGGCACCCGGCUGCCCUCGCUCCCUCCCACAAGCCCCCCUGCUGCCCAGCAGGCUGACUGAGAUCCAGGUGAAGAACAGGUUCCCACAGCAAGCUGAGCUGAAAGGCUUCUGUCCUGUUACCUACCUGGAUGGAAAACAGAGGUAUGAGGCUCUGGUUCGCGGGAGGAUGGAAUACGCUGUCGAUUACAGAGAACGAAUCUUCUUUUGUGAGACGAAGCAGAAACAGGACAAGUUCAUGAGGACUCCUGAAGCCUACUGGGACCAGAAGCUGCCCAGUAAGGUCCCCCCUCUGGACGAGCCUGUUCCCAUCACAGCUCUGCCUCUACAGGGUUACCUUGAACAGAGCGUGGCAGUACCACUGAUCAAGGCCAUGACAGCAGCCGGGUGUCUCAGACCCAAAUAUCCAUUUCUCAGCGUGCAAAGAUCAGCUCUCCUUUAUGUUGCUCUCUAUUUGAAAGCUUUCAACCAUAAAAGCACAGACUACACUCGGCAGAAGUACAAAAAGAAAGUGGCUUUGUUGGAGGAGGACUGUGCCCUCAUUCCCUACCUGAGCUCAGUGAUGAGGGAGAAAUUCCGGCCUCCCGGUGAGCUCCCCAUCGAUUUCCAGUUCAAACUCAACAAGUUCCUGGCUCUGGGGGAACUGCCGGGGGCCAGCGACCUGCUGUAG